CUGUCAUGAGCAGCACCGAGCUGGACAGGAGCCGUUAGCGAGCGAUGCUAGCGCGUUUCUCAGCGAGGAAAACUACGAUUAGGACUCCACUCAAGGUACAUUUUAGAGUUCGGGCAGAACUUUAGGAACCACGAACUGGACCGGACUUCACACAUGAUGUUCGGAUGAGUUUGUUGGUGGUUAUAUUUGGUCGGAACAGAGUUAACGUUAGCUAGCUGUGAGGAGGAGCUGGGCUUGGACCCUCGGUAUUUAUGUCUCUGUGAUUCAGUUACAUUUAGUUUAACAGUAAAGUAGUGUAAAAUUAACCAUAACUCUGACUGUGGGGGACAUUUUAACGGUUCUCCUGCUCAUGUGGGUCUCUGCUGUUUUAUCUGAGGGUUUAUCCUGUGACAUUGAAACUGAAAGUUGAUCUGAACUGUUUUAUUUUUACAUUUAAAAGUUUAAUUUUGUCAAACUCUGAAGUUUAAAGUCAGAUUAAAACGACAGACUGAGGAUGGGAGUAUUGUAGAUUAUAACAGCGGUCAUUUUUAUUCUCUCAGCACUUUAAUUUGGUUAAAAUGUCACUUCCAGAAAAACACAUAUUAACUUUAAUAUCAGUUUCUUGUAGCACUGCUGUUAUAUGUGAUUGUUUCUUAAGUUUAUUAGACAUUUAAAUCUGAUAUGACACUAAAUAAAAGUGUCUGUACUUAGGGAGAGGUUAUAGUUUUUUUAUUCCUUAAAUCAAACCAUCCAAAUCUAUUUAAUCUGUCUCUGUUUUCCUCCUGUCAUCCCUCUCCACUCUUAUCUUUUGGAUCAUUCUCAUUUUAGAAAACAUCAGAUUUUAUUGUGAUUUUUAUUCACUGAUAUUCCUGUAGAGUUUACUCAUCAUAACCCAUCAUAUACUGUAUUCCCCUGUUUUAAUGUGCAGCUGGAACACAAACCCUGAUCCUGACUUUAAAGUUAGAUUAAUCGUCAAAUCGAUUAAUCGAUUAGUAGUAAAUUGUCAGUAUUGUUUAAUAUUAAUGAGAGAAAUAGUUUUAGCAGAAAUCAUUCUUACAGGUGAUGGAGCCGUAGAGGCAAAGUCCAUUUACAGAGGUUAAUAAAACUAACAGAGAUUAUCCAUCCAGAUGAGCUAAUCCAACCUGAUAUGGGGCUGAAUCCCCUCUCUGUGGUGUGAUGGGUGACUGUGUAAUCUCGGGGGUCUCUCGGUUUGAUGUGUGGUUGUAAUGUAAAGUUGUAAAUGUGAAUGUUUGGUGCUGAUAGUUGAACAGUUGAACUGCGCAGAGAGAGUUCAGCUCCAGUCGAAGCGGAGCGAGGAGAGGGCAGAAAGCGGAGGGGUCGCUGUUAUCGCUGUUAUUAUGCUCACUUUGCUCAGCUUUGGUCCGAAUAACCGGCUGGACUCAUGGUGAAAAGAAAGAAGACGUCGCCCGGUUCCGAAGAGCACGAAAAUGGGUAAAAAGCUGAGAGAAACGAACACUUUAUUUAGAGGUCGAAUUCACCGAGGGGUUUGGUUGUCGUUUCUGCAGGGCGCUAAACUGAAAAGCGCUCACAUUUGAAUUUAGUUGAAAUUCAACCCGAAAAAUUCACAUCUGAGCCGAAAGGCGGUUACUAGAACAUCGGUGCCAGUUCCUCAAGUGUUUCCGUGGCUGAUUUUCAUUGAUAUGAAGACGUGAAAUAGAAAUAUUUGGUGUUGUUUUGUCGGGACUGGAGAGGGGAUUUGAAACAAACAGCGGCGGCCAUGUUGAGAGACACUGAACGUCGUCUUUAGAAGUUAAUUUUGCACCCUGCUUUGCUCCUAAUGUGAACAUUUGUCCCUGAAUGUGUUCUGGCAGCAUGACACCGGGCUCCAGGGAGGGGAUCGGUGUCGAUGGGAGGAGGAAUCCGUCCAGAAAGCCCGAAGGUUGCGACGAGGAGGAGAGCGGAGAGCAGGCGAGCGAGGAGCGCAGUACAAAGGGAGACGACGGAGUGGGGCUUCUUAAUCCAUCAGCCUCGGCUCUCAGCCCCGGUACUGCUCCGGUCCUCCCCGCUUCUCCACCGAACCGAGCCGUUCUGGGCUCGACCCAGCAUCCCCAGACCUCAGCGGAGCCCGCCCCACAGUGCCAGGACCAGCAUCAUUUUCUCAGAUCCAGCGUUCGACCUCCGAGUAAGCGGAUCCGGAAGGAUUCCAUCGGCUCGGCCAUCAAUGGACAUGGCGGGGCGAAAUCGAAAGGUACCGUAGGUGACCGGCUCAGGGGAAAGUGGGUCUGGGUGGGCUGAGCAGGGGGUCUGUCCUCAGCUCUGAGUGGGUCACUGUGUGUCUGUGAUGGUGUUGGAGUUACACCACCAUCCCCAGACCUGGAUGUGAGGGGGGUCUCUGCAAGACCAACAUCCCAGUCCUUUAACAGUUCCUGUAAAACAUACUGUUUGUAUUUCCAAAGGCUGUUUUCACUGAAGUCCUCAAGUGAAGGAAAAGUAGAUGAAGUGGUCAAAUAGGGGAGAGUGGGUUAAGAUGAUCCAUGUUUCAUAUUUUUGGAUCACUCCAUCAAGUCAGUCGUAGUUUAGUCUCGAACUCGUGUGUCUGCAGAUAUUUCAGGAUGUUGUUCAUCAGAAUGAGUGUAAACAGAACUGUCAUCUUCAUCAUAUAGCAGGACAAAAGGAAGUGGUCUCCUAUGGUCGACUUUAUUUCGUGCGAUUAUUUCAGACAUCAGUAUUUUUUCGAACCCGUAUCCUGUCAGUACAAGCGUUCACAUCAGCGACGUUUUCCCGUCUUGGAUAUUGCGGCAUUUAUUUUUUUGGAUCACGAUCGAUUUUUCUAAAGUUUCACACACUGUGUGUCCACUUCUGACCAAUCAGAUUGUGUGUUGUUGCGACGUCAGAUUCACUGUUAAUUGUUUUAGCAGAACCUCAAAUUGUCCAACGGACAUCCGAAAAUAGGUUCUGAAGCGACCGUGGUCCAGUUUCAGCUCCUGAACCAAGCAGUGAAACAUCACUUGAAGUUGAGGCAGACUCCAUUUUUGUCUUCUUUUGUCCACCCGGGACGCUGAAGGAUGGUAAGGGACGGUCCCGCCCUCCUUUGCCUCUGAUUGGCUAUAAGUGCUGACCGUUUGGCUUGAGCGUGGGAUGACGUUUCCAGCUUUUCUAGCCAAUCAGAGGCGAAGGAGGCGGGACUUUCCCCGGGAAAAGUCUUCCCCAGGAUGCGUCUUUUCCCCCCGGAAAGUCGCAGAAUCGCAUCGGGCUUGAUGUGUAUAGUCAGGCGCGUCAAAAUUCGCCUCCAAAUAUUUCGUAAUUUCACGUUCUAUAUUGGCGUCGGCCCCGGUGUGUACGGACCUUUACCCCGUGUAUGUUUGGGCUAAGGUGACCAUAGGAGCGUCGUAUUUUAGAAAAGAAAAAGUAAAAAAAUUUCAACGGUCUGAAGGUAAACUCUGAUCCUCUCCUCAGACUCCUUUACUCUCUCAGUUCCUCCUGAACUACGAUGAUGACUUUAUUAGUCCUCUGAGAUAAAAUGGUGGACUUUUAGGUUGUAGCUCAUAGAUAUCACAAUUAGAUCGCAAACCUAAUUUAAAAUGAUCUUUUUUUUUCUAAUCAAACUGAUGACUAAAGACUAAAUUCACUUGACAGAGUAAAAAUGUUUUUAGUAAAUAAAUGUCUAACCUCUUCUUCACCCAUGAGCUUCAAACCUUCACAGACUCCAUGAAUUGAUGACCAUCUCCUCAAUAUUUGGUCACAUGAUCAAUUUCUUUGACCAUUUACAAGAAACAGGGGGUGGCUCAACUUACCCCACUCUCCCUUAUUUCUGCAGAGAAAUAAAAAUCAGUCGAAGCUGCUCGUAGUUUCUUUUUAGGAAAAUGGCAGUCAGCUGUUUGAUGGAUAAAAAAUGGGUUUUCUUAAAGGUUCAAACAUGUCAGAACAAACAGCCAUAAAUCAUCUUUGGUUGCCUCCUUUUCUUAUAGUCAGAAUAGUAACAGUGGGCGUCUAAAGAAUCACUUGAUUAAACAAUAAGCACGAGUUACUGACUUUAAUGUGUGAGACAUUUCCAUGAGGAUCACUCGUUCAGAUAAAGAGAUUAGCAUCUGUAUAGUAUGGAUGUAAAACGGUGUUUUCAGGUCUCUGUGGCACAGGUCCGACCUGUUUAUUUAAAGACUGUUCCUCCUGCAGCCUUCACUCAUAGAGGAAGAGUUUCACUGAUAUUUCUAAAAUUAUUCUCCCUUUAAUGAAAAUAUUCGAACAUUUCUCUGGACUGGAGCAGGAAUCAACAUUUAGGAGGUUUUAAAGAUGUGCUGACAGGUCUGACCGAGGGUUUCUCUGGUUGUUGUUGGGAAGAGAAAGAGAGUGCGAUUGUUUCCCCAAAUGUAUAUUUAGGUUUGGUCGAGUGUUUUGAUAGGAGGCUAUAUUGGUCCAGGUCUAUUUUGACAGAGACUCCUCUAUGUCAGAUCCUGCGGGCAGACACACACACACACACACACACACACACACACACAUUUGUGAAUGAACUCCCAUUUUGGCUGAAAACCUCCUCUUCUGUAACAGCCUCUCUGCUUGUGUAAAUGCGCGUUGGCUUUGUGCUCCGUGCUGGGGGGGAGCUCGGCCAUUGGAGCCCACCAUGAGUUGGUUUUGGACUGUGGUUCUGCGGACUGAUUGCUUUUCCUGCCUCCUUGCCAGAGCUGAGCCACAGACGGGGAAGCUCUGCAGGUUUUCAGGGUAAAGGCAGUGGGUGGCUUUGUGUUGUGCAUGUAUUUAAACAUCUCCAGAACCACUUCGCUCCAACUCUAAUAGUUUUUCCUCCUUGUUAUACAGACGCUAAAAAUACACCAAACAUUUGGCCUUACAGUUUCAGUUCUUACUGUGAUAAUGAAGUCGUUUUUCCUCUGAAUGAUUCAUGACUCACGGACCUGUGGCUCUCCUCUCUCUCUGGGUCAUACAGGAGCAGAGAACGGCUCUUCCUCUCAGGGGACGGUGGGACAGUCGGGGCCGGUGGUCAGCUCAGCGGGAGGAGUGUCCAAGACCUCGAAGGGCCAGGGGUCCACAGAGAAAGAGGAGCAAGCAGGAAACCAGAAGAGGGCCCGUCGUCAGUGGGAGUCUUGGAGCGCUGAGGACAAAAACAGCUUUUUUGAGGGUCUCUACGAGGUAAACGAUCAGAGAUGUUCACCACAGACUAACACCAGAGUAACUGAUCGAUCAGGCGGUUCACCUGAACGUGUUACACAGGUAAAGAUAAACAACGUUAGCCUGAUAUUAGCUUCAGCGCUAAGGGCGGUGUCUCCAGUUUUAGAGCUGUGAAGAAAAAAGACGCAAAACAGCCAACAAUAGACUAAUAACUUUCUAACAGCGACAACCUCGGGGGGACAUGAUGUGAAAAAAGGAGGUAAAAAACACCUUUCUACGGGACAUGAACCGAACAACAUAACAGCAAAAAAGGUGACCAAAUAUCUCUCUCAUAUUGGUUUAAGACGCUCAGCUGAGGGCUGCAGCGGCGCUCCGUGUCUCUGUGACAGCUCGUUUUCUUAAAGAGGAACAAAUGACACCGAUGUAAAGUUCGGGAACUUUUCUCUGGAUGUGUCCUCGUCUGUGGAUCAAAAACUGACAGACGGGUAAAAAUCCAACCUAGAGAGUUUUUUCAGGAAAGGUGACGCACCAACAUCUCUGCACACCAGCAACAUCAGCGCCUUCUUUCUUAGACAGAACCAAAAUGCAGGAAAGUGGACGCUGUGAGUCCGACGUGUUUUCUGUUCAGACCUUUAGUUGAAGGGUUAAAGAGUCUCUCUCUGUAUGAGUAAACGUCCACAGUGUGAACCCGUCCUCUCUGCUGCUGUCUCAUACGUCUCUUCACUCUCCUGUUUUGCAGCACGGGAAGGAUUUCGAGGCCAUUCAGAACAACAUCGCAAUGAAGUACAAGAAAAGAGGCAAACCAGCCAACAUGGUGAAGAACAAGGAGCAGGUCCGACACUUCUACUACCGGACCUGGCACAAGAUCUCCAAACACAUCGACUUUGCCAGCGGUGAGCUGCUCUUUGACUUUGUCACCAAAUUACAGGCAGGAGGACCAAACUGGAUCUGGGUGAAAGUUCUCGAGAACAAGAGUCUGGAGUUAGAGUUAGUUUAGAUCUUCUUCCACGGAUACGUGACAGAAUCUGAAAGUGAAGAUGGUGGUCAGACGUGUGGGAGCUGUAAUUGGCUUCAGUUCAUAAAGUCUGAGUUUAUUUCUCAUAAAAAGGACAAACACUUGAUCUUCAAAUCUAAUGAUAUGAUCUGAUUUUAACCACAAAAACAUGAAGGAUCACGUCGCUGUAAAUCAUGAUCUGAUAUUUUCCACCUUUCGCUCGUCUGGGAGCUGUCGGCCCUGAGCAGACAUGCUGAUCGCCUUGCUCCUGUACAGCCCGCCUCCUGUGUCACUGUUGUUUUCUCCUCAUGUCGCCUCCUGUGUUGAAACGUUCUCCACCUUUCUCCUCCUCAGUCUACUCCAGAGCUCUGAAGAAGUCCUCUCAGGAGCUCUACGGCCUCAUCUGCUACGCCGAGCUCCGUAAGAAAGUGGGAGGACGUAAGUAAAAACGCGGCGCAUGUUUUUGUUUGUGAGGCUCUUCCAGCUGUUAGUUCAGGACAUGAGGGAUGUGAUUAAAGCCGGCGUGCUCCCGGUCAUGAGGGGACAGCUGCUCCUGAGGGACCAUGUUGUUAACACCUCUGUCUUUGUGUUUCGUCUCUGACAGUAAUGGAUGACAAGAACGUGGCGAAGCUCAACGAACUCAUCCAACAAGGGUAAGUCUUCAGUAACGCUGAAGGAAUAAAGAAAAAGAGGAGGAGGAUGAUGAUGAUGAUGAUGAUGAUGAUGGUGAUGAUGAUGAUGAUGAUGAUGAUGAGGAUGAGGAUGAUGAUGAGGAUGAUGGUGAUGAUGAUGAUGAUGGUGAUGAUGAUGAUGAUGAUGGUGAGAGAGCAGGUCCAGAUGAACCUCUGCAGCAGAUAAAAAUCAAACUCUUCUCUUUCUUGAAAUAAUAAUACCGACUGUCGGGCCAAAGCUUGUCACAUGUUUGUCUCCUCACUGUGUGAUCUAAUGAUCCUGAUUGGUUCACCUUAAACACACCCCCUGCCUGUCUGUCUGACCAGGGCCACCACUGUCCGCUCCAAGGGGAGGAACCUGCGGAUCAAAGCGCCGAUGUGCCGCGCGCUGAAGAAACUCUGUGACCCCGACGGUGAGCAGACACUAAACGCCGUUUAGAGUCAACAAACAUCAGCGCUGAACGUGUGAACGGCGCCAUUGAUGAGAUGCAGGGUUUGUGUGGGCGGGGUUUUGGCAAUAACCAGAGCAGCAUGUGGGCUAGUGGCGUUUCCAUGGUUACUCAAAGAGAGUAAAGUGAGGAGGAGGAGCAGGAGCGGCUGUCUGCCAUCUUCACCCUCCUCAAUAACAGAGGAGGAUAACCCCCCCGCUCAUUCUCCUCUUUACUCCUCUGAACUCCGUCUGUCUGUGAUGAUCAUGAACGAAGGAUUUGAGUUUUCAGAGAUUUAUCAGGACAGUCAGCUGUUUUAAUUUAAGACCUUUGUUUUUGCUGAUUCUUCCUCCUGUCCCUGCAGGAGUGAGUGACGAGGAGGACCAGAAGCCGGUGCGCCUCCCCCUGAAAGUGGCCGUGGAGCUGCAGCCGCGCAGCAAUCACUCCUGGGCCCGAGUCCAGAGCCUGGCCCACAACCCCCGCCUCAGGUCAGUAGACACACACACACACACACACACACACAUCACUUCGAAGCACCUCCACUGCUGACCAUCUGAAGGUGGUUUUGAUGCUGAGCUGUGAUGCAGGUGUUUACUUCAUUCUCUGUCAGUUUUCAUCAUUUUAAGUUGAGCUGAGUUUUUCUGACACCGUUCACAGCUCCGCUGAAACUGAAACUUUAAAACAUGUUAAAUCAGGUCGUCAGACGGCUGUAAAGGUUUGAAGUUCACAAACUUCAGUUUUUACUGCCGCUCUCCUUUUCUGUGGAAAGAUCUCAGAGAGUGGAGUUUGUAUCAGGUCGUCUUCACUCAGUUUGUAAAUGUGUUUUUGUGUUUGCAGCGUCUGUAAGAGUUUGAAUUUAUCACUUUCUUUUCUUUGAUUCGACACCUGAAGACACUUUUCUGUUUCAUGAACUUUUAAAACCGUUCAGCUGUCCCUCUGAAUAACAGCAGCUCUCUCUCUCUCUCUGUUUUCUCUCUCUCUCUCUCUCUCUCUCUCUCUCUCUCUCUCUCUCUCUCUCUCUCUCUCUCUCUCUCUCUCUGUUUUCUCUCUCUCUCACUCUCUCUCUCUCUCUCUCUCUCUCUCUCUCCCUCUGUUUUCUCUCUCUCUCUCUCUCUCUCUGUUUUCUCUCUCUCUCUCUCUCUCUCUGUUUUCUCUCUCUCUCUCUCUCUCUCUCUCUCUCUCUCUCUCUCUCUCUCUCUCUCUCUCUCUCUCUCUCUCUCUCAGGAUGGUGGUGGAGCUGCACAGGAAGGUCUCCAGCCUCAUGGAGUACCUGAAACAGAAGUGGGCGUACCACGACCAGCGGAUCGUAUCCUUGUAAAAACAUGAUGGUCUUUGUUCUAUCUGUGUUAUCAGAGUUGAACAUCUAUCUGUUUUAGCUCUACGCUCUGCUCUGUAACACGCUGACGCUCACUGUCAUCUCUGUCGGGGUUUUAAAGAGGUCCUUGACUCUGAAGCUGCAGCUGAAGAGUCUCAUGGAGAGGGAGGCCCUGGCGGCGGCUCAGUCCAGCACCGUCUCUCCCAUCAAGUCCCAGCAGGAGGAGCUCUUUCUGUUCCCCGCUGAGGGCAGCACUUUGACCACGCUCCCCGGUGUGGCUCGUGUGGUUCACUCCAAGGCGUCCUGCACCGUGCACUGGCUGGAGAGCGGCAAGAACCGGCCCAACGUGAAGGAACUGCCCGCCGCCCAGAUUCUGGGUAUUCACACGGCUCCAGCAGUCCGGACCAGCGCCAAAGCAGGGCGAGGAGGUGGAGGUGCUCCAGUGAGCGUAUCAGGCGACGGUCGUCGGACCGAGCCCCUUAACUCCGAGUCUCCACAAGACAGUGCGACAAAGCCAGAGGAGAAGAGACCCCCGCCCGUCUCUCAGCUCACUGUGAGUCCCAGUGAAGAGGGUCCCGGUCCGGGGCCUCCUGAGGGUGGAAGAACAUUACCUGAUGGAGAAGUCUGUGGGGGUUUAACAGCAGCCAGAAGCAUGGAGAACUUAUGUGGUUCAGAGGGAUCAUCAGAGCCGUGCAAAGAGGAGCAGAUCACGAGCACUUCCUCUCCAGAGGCCAACCAGACUUCUCCAGCCAAACCUGCCCCGGGUGGAGGUCCAGAGGAGGGGCUACCGCAGAGCUCUGCACCUCCAGCCAAAGAGCGGGCCGUGGAGCAGAUCAGGGAGGAGGGCUGGAGCGCCCGUGACGCGGAGAACGUCACCCUGGCUGAGCUCUACCUGAUGUUCGGGAAGCCCGGGAAGCUGCGGCUGGAGUACGAAUGGCAGCUGGCGCCAAACAACCAAGAGGACGGACAAACCUCCACGCCGCCGAAACCACACCGGACAAACCGAGUGCUGCGCUGCCUGCUCAAGAUGGUCGCCACCGAGGUCAACCCCAAACCUUUGGUAGGGAUCAGCUGUCACUUCUCUGGGGGGUCUUUGGCAGAGUUGGUUGUUUUAAUUCUGCGUCCUCUCCUCAGGCUCCAGAGCUCUGCUCCACCGCCACAUCGCCCCUGAAGACCCAGCAGGAGGAGCAGAACCAGGCCCUCACACCCCCAGGGAAGGGUCCCACAGCAGGGGUCCGCAGCCCCAACUGUGGACGACAGCAAGCGUCUGUCCGAGGGGCCAGAUUACACCUGCCCAACGCCGGAGCCUCAGGUGGGUCUCCCUCUAACUGAGCGCUGAGGCUGCAGGUUCGAACCCUGAAGCUGCUUUUUAUCCUCAGAAGAGCGAUCCGGAUUCCUCUCCAUGCUUUUCAAAUCUCCGCCUGUAUGUCGGCCAUGUUCUCGUAACCCGCUGAUGUCACGGACGCUGAGGUUUCUCUGUUUUUCUUUUACGAUCGCUCUCCAAACACGGCUCCUCUUUUUUGUCCCCAUGUUCUCCAGGUGGACGCAACCUCCCUCGCUCUCUGCUCGGGCCAACGGCGGGCGGCGAGUCAGACGGCGGCGUGUUUGCAGUCCCCACCACGCUGCCCCCCAACAGCUCCAGACACAACCGAAUGUUUUCCCCCAACAAGGAGGCGGAGCUGGCCUUCAGACAGCAGCUCGACUCCAUCAGUGUAAGACACAGUCGAUACUCCAAACGUUUAAGGUCCAAAGUCCAGUCCGGUCCACCAGAACCUCUUUAUUCUUCUCCUUCAGAUGCAGUCGGAUCUUUUCCUCUCCAGACAAAGAAAACCUCGAAACAGACAACUCCGGAAACCGCUCGUGGUUCAGGUCAGAGAAGAAGAGAUGAUUUCAGUUUUUUAGGAGCUGAGACCUGAGAGGGUCUCCAUGAUCUAACCUCAGGUCUCUUUCUGGUCCACAGAGAACCCUCCUGCCCCGGACCACAGGAGAUACUCCUCAGCACGUCUGCUCCUUCUCCAUCCUCUCCAACUCCUCGGCCACAGGUACUGGUCUGGGAUCAGGACUGUUCAGGGUUCCAUGAGUCUCUCAGACUCCUGCUCUGCUCUUUGUUCGCGACUCUCUGAUUCAUGUUUUUGUCAACAACUGCUCCGCUUAUCUUUCUGUCUCACUUCCUGUUUCUUCCCUCAGGAACCGGAUCUUUCCGGCCGAUCCACGCUCGCCUGGCUCCUCCCACCCGCCCCCUCCUGUCCAAAACUUCCCCUGCUGCGAGCGGCUCUGCUGCAGCCAACCAGCUCUCCAGUACGUGUUGUUUUUUUUCUUCUUCUUCUGUGUCGUUGAGCCUUUUUAUGGUCUGUGUGUUGUUGUUGUUGUUGUUCUGUCAAAGUUUGGGUCACAGUUUCAGUUUGAAGCUCCUGAGUUUCUCCGACUAAACAAAGACAGACAGGAAACUCGGACACGCCUCCAACAUCAUCAACGUCAAGUUCAACUUUUACAGAUGAAAUACAAACUAAUCUGAUGACAGGAAACGUCUGAGAAAAAGGACAGAGUGAGAGGAAACACCUGAAGAUGAUAUUUUGUCUUCAGGGAGAAAGAAAACUCUGGUGUAAAAACGUAAAGAAGAAGAAGAAGAAGAGGAGGAGGUCUGAGUCCCGGCUGGUCUCUGCAGAGUUACAGUCUUACAGCAGAUUUGAAGGAUCAGGUUCAGACUCUUUCAGACCUUCAGAGAGAGUCUCGGUUCUUCAGGCUGCAGGUUUUACUGAUCUGAUGAACCGUUCUUCUUCUUUCAGGCGCCAUCGACCUGGCAGCUAAAUCUGCAGGAAUCAUCCCCAGCAGUCCUCGACCAGAGCCCAGCUCCUCCUCUGAACCAGAACCAGAACCAGAUCCAGAACCAGAACCAGACCCUCAACUCACCCAGCACAGCGUCCCUGAGGUCGGCAACACAUUAACACACACGCACGCACACACACACACACACACACACACACACACACACACACACACAUCUACACACACACACACACACACACACACAUCUACACACACACACACACACACACACACACGCACACACAUCUACACACACACACACACACGCACACACAUCUACACACUCACACACACGCACACACAUCUACACGCACACGCACACACAUCUACACACACACACACACACACACACACACACACACACACACACACACACACACACACACACACACACACACACACACACACACACACACACACACACACACACACGCCCACACAUCUACACACACACACACACACACACGCCCACACAUCUACACACACAUCUACACACACACACACACACACAUCUACACACACACACACACACACACACACACACACACACACACACACACACACACACACACAUCUACACACACACACACACACACACACACACACACACACACACACACACACACACACACACACACACACACACACACAUCUACACACACACACACACACAUCUACACACACACACACACACAUCUACACACACACACACACAUCUACACACACACACACACACACACACACUCUGGUACUUUCUGCUGAGUCCGACCAUUUCAACUGUUUUUGUUGUUUCUCUCAGAGUGGCGUCUCGCCUCCGUCUCCUGGAGUGACCGGAGGAGGUGACUCUCUCCUCUCUCCCCCGAGCGUCGCUUCACUCCUCGACAUCUCUCUCCCGGGGCCCCCUGAGGAGGCUCUGGCCCCCGGAGACUCCCAGACACACAUCAGCGACUCCAUCAUUGAGCUCGCCAUCAACUCGGCUCACUACGGUCCGUUUUAUCCCAGAUAUCAGAUUGUUUGUGAGGGGAUGGUUGUGAGUCUCGUUGUCACAGCGCCGUCUAACGCUCUGUUUGCAUGUCGGGCUGCAGGUGAGGAGGCCGCGCUCUCUCCCGCCAAGCUGAGUAACCACGACGGCUCCAAACUUCUAACCUCCGUCAGCCCGUCCAGAGGCUGGAUCCCCUCGCCCAGCCACGACCCCCAGUGGUACCCCAGCGACUCCUCCGACUCCACCCUGGGAUGCCUCCUCUGUGAGUCUUUUGCUCCUCCUGCCGUGACCUUCUGUGAGGACAGCUUCGUUCUCAUGUCUCCUGUCUCUCUGUUUGUCUCUCCUCCUCACAGCCAGCAUGGUCUCUCCUGAUAAGAACCGGCGGACCUCCCUCACCCCCUCCGGCCCCUCCAGUGGCACAGCUUUGCUUGGUCCGAGCCUCCUGGACUGCAACUCCCAUGAUUCCUUUCAGUCUCGUGGCCUUCCUGAUGUGGCAGAGGUGAGCUGAGUCUCUGAAGGUCUAACCUCCAGUUUCCACCUUCAUCCUGAUCGUCUCCUAAAAGGUCGUAUCCUCCGAUCGUAGCUGAUCGUAACCAUUCAAGUUAACGUGUCGAUUUCUUCUCACAGAUGGACUCUCAGCUCGCGUGUAUGAUGAGCGAGAGCAGCGUGGACUACAUCGCUCGCUUCAAUGACCUGGCUCAGGAGCUGGCUGUGACCGAGCCCUCCAUCCCCCCACCCUGAGGAGGAGGAGGAGGAGGCGACCCGGCUCAGCUGACCAGAGUCCGUCUGCAGGACCGGAGCUGGUUCCUCCUCUCCGCCUGGACCGCCCCCGGCGCUGAAGCCAUCCCUGCCCCCGUUUGUUAAAGUGCAAUAAUAAUGGAGAACCUCGCUGGUGGUCCGAGGCGAGUCUGGAACAGUCUGGGGUUCCUGGACUGUUCCUCCGAGGUGAAAGACCCUUUAAAAGACGAACACUUUAGAAAAACAACCGCGUUUACAAAACACGACCUCAUGUAAAGGAAAAACUACGCCAUAUCUGAACAAACUAUUUUCACUGAUCUGUGUGUCUCUUCCUGCUCCGAGUGUGUGUGUGUGUGUGUGUGUGCGUGUGAAAGGGUGUGUUUGUUUUCUACUCUGUCUAAUCAACCCGCAAAAUGUGUAGAUCCGCCAAAAUGUGCAGUUCGUUCUUCAGCUGGUGGCGAGCAGCUACCGCGGCUGAUUUUCAAAGUAAUAACGGCGAGAAGGAGGCGAAGCGUGGAGAGACACUUUUUUAAUAUUUCAGUUAUUUCUGUUUCAGAAAGUGGAGCAUCACACAGCAGGGCAGGUAGGAGCGAGAGAACGCCGCCCCACAUUUAACAGUCCAGCUUCUUAUCAGCCGCUGCGUUCAGGAACAGUCCGGGAUCAGGUUUAUACGGCGGCCCUGAAGGUCAACCUCUCAAACAUUUCACCGAACGCCAAAAUCACUUCAACGGGAAACGAAGAAUGACGACCGUAAAGACGUUAAAGACGAACACGUGUCUGUGAAAUGUUUCUGAUAUUAAACUUUUCAUAUUUUUGUAUCAUUAAAUAUUUUUGAGCUUUGAGAAAUUUGACCUUCAGGGCCACCGUCCAUUGAUGGCCUGUCCCGAUGGUUUCAUCUUCAGGUCUUCAGAUCAAACCGAGCCUCCUCCUCUUUAGAGACGAUGAUGAUGAUGAUGAUGAUGAUGGUCGUAAAUAUCAGCGAUCUUCUUCAUGUUCUCAGUUUUUCUCACUUUCAUCUUCCCUCGGUGGUCUGCAGGGUUUAAAGUCGUCCUUCGAUCUCCUCUCAGAGCUGAUCAGGACUCUUCUCCUCCAACACGAUGAUUGUGUGACACUCCCUUUAAACUCCGACUGAAGCGAAAGCUCAAACACUAAACUCUGAUCGGUCCGUCGUCGAGGUGACGGACGUCUAACCACGUUUCUUUUCUUCUAAAAUCGUCCUUUUUCUCGUCCAAGAGUUUCACGGUGCUCCAAGUUCUCUCUCUCGCUCUCUCUCCUUCACUCUCUCUCUCUCUCUCUCUGUUUUCAUGCUCCACAUUAAACCUGAGAAAACUCCACGUGACCUUCAGUGAACCAGCAUCAUUCAUAUGCAGUAUUGUGAACGUGUCCUCAGACGUGUUUAACUCGCUCCACUAACAGGAUUUCAGACGGCGCUCGCUCGCUCGCUCGCAGGAUUUGAACUCUAACCUGUUCGAUCCUCUCACACUAGAUGACGGAGGAGACGGCGCUCUUUUCUGUCGAAGGAUUCCUUUGUACAAAAGGUUGAUUCCAGUAUUCACUGCGCUUUUGUAACAUAAUGUAAAUUGUUAUUUGGGUUAUUUAUUGUAAACAUUUCACAAGUGUUUGUUUAAAUUAAAAUGAAGAUGAGAUCUAAAAAGGAGAAGAAGCUGAUGAGAGUUUUCAGUUUGUAAGAGGUGUUUUUAUUCUGUGUAUAAAGAUGGUGAUAAAACCUG